AUGGCUGUCGCUCAGGUCAACGGCAACGUCGAGAGCUCUGCUCCUCAGUCUGCCUUUAUCCAGCACCUCCUCAACUACCCCGUCAUCUCCGACAGCGUCAACACCGUCUCCAGCACCGUCCACUCCAACCCCUACGCCCAGCGCUCUCUCCAGCUCGGCGACUCUGCCUACAAGACCUUUGCCGCCCCCAUCCUCCCCUACUUCGCCAAGCCCUACCAGUUCGUCUCGCCGUACGUCCAGCGCGCCGACUCGCUCGGCGAGCAGACGCUGACCCGCAUCGACGAGCGCUUCCCCAUUGUCAAGAAGCCCACCGCCGAGCUCUACAGCGACGCCAAGGCCCUCGUUUUCCUGCCCUACAACAAGGGCCUCGAGGGUCGCGACCACGUCUUUGACGUCUACAGCGCCGAGGCCAAGAAGCAGUCUGAGAAGGGCUACCUGGGCCAGGGCAAGGCCGCCGUCGCCACCAUCUUCCAGGUCAGCAACGAGACCCUCGCCCUCGCCAGCAGCUACGUCGCUGUCAAGAAGGCCGAGGUCACCAAGGAGGUCAAGGAGAAGAUUAACCAGUAA